AACGUUGCCACACCUCGUUGUUUGUUUACACGUCACCUGUCAAGCCCGUUGAGGUUAAUUGAUGGUGUUAUCAGUUAGAUGAUAUUAAACUUGUUGACGUGUCUUGCCAACGAAGAUGACGAAAGAGCAGAUGCGGGCUUUGAUCCUUGUGGGGGGCUACGGCACGCGCCUCCGCCCCCUGACCCUGAGCCGGCCCAAGCCCUUGGUGGAGUUCGCCAACAAGCCCAUCCUCCUCCACCAGAUGGAGGCCCUUGUGGAGGCCGGCGUCACCGAAGUCAUCCUGGCCGUGUCCUACAGGGCCGAGCAAAUGGAACAGGAGCUGAAAGCGGAGGCUGUCAAGCUAGGCAUAAGUUUGAUUUUUUCCCAUGAAAGCGAGCCCCUGGGCACUGCGGGGCCCAUCGCACUGGCGCGGGAGCAUCUGCUGAAGAGCACGAAGCCGUUUUUUGUCCUUAAUUCUGAUAUUAUUUGCGAUUUUCCCUUCAAAGAGUUGGCUAAGUUUCAUAGGGAUCAUGGGCAGGAGGGCACCAUUGUGGUGACCAAGGUGGAGGAGCCCUCCAAGUAUGGGGUUGUGGUCUAUGAUGAGAAGCACUGCAUUGAGAGCUUCGUGGAGAAGCCACAGGAGUUUAUUUCGAAUAAAAUCAAUGCAGGCCUCUACAUCCUAAACCCCAGCGUCGUAAACCGCAUCCAACUCCGUCCCACCUCCAUCGAAAAAGAGGUCUUCCCUGACAUGGUCUCCGACCAGCAACUGUACGCCUUCGAACUCCAGGGUUUCUGGAUGGACGUCGGCCAACCGAAAGACUUCCUCACCGGAAUGUGUCUCUAUUUGAAAGAUUUGCGUACGAAAAACGCCGAUAAGUUGUACAAAGGGCCAGGCGUUGUAGGCAAUGUCCUGGUGGACCCUUCGGCGAAGAUCGGCCCCAACUGCCAGAUCGGGCCCAAUGUGACGAUAGGGCCCGGAGUUGUGAUUGAGGAAGGGGUUUGUGUGAAGCGAUCGACGAUUUUGAGGGAUGCAGUAAUUAAGUCAAACUCCUGGCUGGAAAACUGCAUAGUGGGCUGGAGGUGUUCGGUGGGGAAGUGGGUGCGGAUGGAGGGGACGACGGUUCUAGGGGAGGAUGUUAUCGUCAAGGACGAAACGUAUAUCAAUGGGGGACAAGUGUUGCCGCAUAAAAACAUCACCGUCUCGGUGCCCGAGCCCCAGAUUAUCAUGUAGUUGUUGUUAUAUUUUGUUUUAUAUAUUUUUUCAUAUACUCUGUAAUGUGCGAUAAUUGAUGCCAUUUAUUUGUUUGUAAUAAAUGAUUUUUUCAAAUCA